ACCAUUCACAACAAUGACAUUCAAACACUCUUCAGUCUCCCUUUCUUCUUGAUUCGUCCUCUCCAAAUUUUUUCCAAUUUCUUUAAUCUCUCUCUUUCUCUCUCUAUUUCUGCUUCUUCUUCAUCUAUGGACCCUUUAGCUUCCCAACAACAACACCACCACCAUCUUGACGAUACUGACCAAACCCUAACUCACAAUAAUCCUCAAUCUGAUUCCACCACCGACUCAUCAACCUCCUCCGCUCAACGCAAACGCAAAGGCAAAGGUGGUCCUGACAACUCUAAGUUCCGUUACCGUGGCGUUCGACAAAGAAGCUGGGGAAAAUGGGUCGCCGAGAUCCGAGAGCCACGUAAGCGCACUCGCAAGUGGCUUGGUACUUUCGCCACCGCUGAAGACGCCGCACGUGCCUACGACCGAGCCGCCGUUUACCUCUACGGAUCACGUGCUCAGCUCAACUUAACCCCUUCUUCUCCUUCCUCCGUCUCUUCAUCUUCCUCCUCCGUCUCCGCCACUUCUUCUCCUUCCACCUCCUCUUCCUCCACUCAAACCCUAAGACCACUCCUCCCUCGCCCCGCCGCCGCCACUGUCGGAGGAGGAGCUACCUUUGGACCGUACGGUAUCCCUUUUAACAACAACAUCUUCCUUAAUGGUGGGACCUCUAUGUUAUGCCCUAGUUAUGGUCUUCUCCCUCACCAACAACAACAACAAAAUCAGAUGGUCCAAGUGGGACAAUUCCAACACCAACAGUAUCAGAAUCUUCACUCUAGUACUAAUAAUAACAAGAUUGGCGAGAUGGAGCUCACUGAUGUUCCGGUUGUUAAUUCCACUUCGUUUCAUCAUGAGGUGGCGUUAGGGCAGGAACAAGGAGGAAGUGGGUGUAAUAAUAUUAACAAUUCGAUGGAAGAUUUGAACUCUCUAGCUGGUUCAGUGGGUUCGAGUCUAUCAAUAUCUCAUCCACCGCCGGUUGUUGAUCCGGUGUGUUCUAUGGGUCUGGAUCCGGGUUAUAUGGUUGGAGAUGGAUCUUCCACCAUAUGGCCUUUUGGAGGAGAAGAAGAAUAUAGUCAUAAUUGGGGGAAUAUUUGGGAUUUUAUUGAUCCCAUCUUAGGGGAAUUCUAUUGAUUUGUUUUUGUGGAAGAUCAUAUUAUAUACGAUGAGAACCCUUAAGGUCGGUCAAGAGCAUUGGAGAUUCAUUGUUGAGAGGAAUCAAAGAGAUUACAUUCU